UCAGAAAAUGUUUGCGCCCCGAUAGUAUUGAAAAACGGUGUGGCUAAACGUAGAAGUCUCAGAUCGAGAGUGGUGAGGUUUUUCUGCAAUCGAGGCUACCUACUGGCAGGAGAAAAACACAGUACUUGCGUUAGAAACAAAUGGGAUCCAGCUCCUCCAAGAUGCGUGCGACCCACUUGUAAGACCAUUGGACAACAAAUCAACACUGAUAACCUCGUGACUUAUCCAACGCACAGUAAAGCUGUUUUACAUUUUUUCUGCAAAGCUGGUUUCACUUUAAACGGACCCAGUGCGAUUUAUUGCGACGGAAGUACCUGGAGCAAUCAUGUACCGACUUGUUUACCUGCAAAUACGCCACCGAAAUUAAGCUGCGACUUUGAAACCGUCGAUCUGUGUGGAUGGACGCACGACUUGAACCACGAUUUCGAUUGGUUAAGAGAGAAUUAUAACACUCCAAGCGGAUCCAUUGGAACUGGACCCAGUUUCGAUCACACCAAAGGAGUCGGCGGAGAUGGUUACUACAUGUACAUCGAAUCAUCUUCAAAGGCCCAAAACGAUACUGCUAGACUUAUUUCACCGGUUUACGACAAAAUGGACGACGAAGUGUGUUUCGAAUUCUUUUAUCACAUGUACGGAGCUACCAUAGGAACGUUGAGGGUUUAUUUAAAAACUGUCAAUCAAACUUGGUCGUCGUUAAACCCGCAAUCAGCAAUAUUCACGAAGAGCGGCAACCAAGGCGACAAAUGGUACAGGAGCUUCCAUCACUUGGGAAUCGUCAAAGAAGAAUUUCAAAUCAUCAUUGAAGGUGUAAGAGGUGCUGGUUAUAUAAGUGACAUUGCAAUUGACGAUGUAAAAAUAAUACCAAAUUGUAUCGACGAAGAUGAGAUUACUACAACAAUGGAUAGCAGCACCUACAAUGAACUAGUUCCAACAGUCGAUACAUGUGAUAAUAGAUGUGGUCAAACCGAACCAGUCACAACCGAUAACUAUCACUUAACUUGCGAUUGUGACGAUGACUGUUUUAACAAUAACAGAUGCUGUCCUGAUUAUUACGACACGUGUACAGGAACGACUAUUGCAGACGAAUUUGACACGACCAACUUCAACGAAGACGAAAAAACGGAACCCACCACGAAUGUCGAAAUGUCAGCAGAAACAUCACCACCUACAAACAAAAAAACCAUUGAUGUAACAGUCGCUACUAAAAAACCCACAACCAGCAUUUAUAUACCCCAAAAUAACACCACAAUGAAAGUAUAUCCAGAGCAACCCAUCAAACCUACCACAGUUAGACUGUUAGAAACUUCUACGGAACGUGUGAUCUUAAUUACGACGAAAAACACGCCAAAGACGACACCAAAAUACACCAGACCCGUGAUACAUUUGCAAACACCACCUCCGACAACAGUAAUUUAUAGAAAAAUCAUAACAACUACCACUACCAACAAACCAACUUACACCAAAUCUGACAAGCAAUUCGAUGACGCGAUUGACGUUCCAUGGCCUACUAACAUCGACGAAGGCGUUUAUGAUGUAGCGCAAGAAGCUAAAGAAUUCUGGUCUGACGAAAUCGAAAACAGUUUAGACAGUCCGUCCUUGAGGAAUUUUAGCGAAAGCAAUAAACUGUUUAGUCAGACAUACGUCGAGGAGGCGAACUCGCAUUUUUUAAUACUGGGCGUCAGUUUGACGUGCGCUAUAAUUCUAAUUUCGGUCGUUGCGUUUGUCGUUGUAAGGAAGUACCGAUUUUCCAAAUUUAGAGGAAUAAUGUCGUCGAACGGUGAAAGUCAGAGCGACGUAAGGUACCUGACGAAUUCUGACGCUCUUGAUUUAUCGUUACCGGAUUGUUACGGUGAAUUAAAUUAA